CUUGGGGCACUGGCCACACUUCGCUACAACUCUAUUUGGAGUAGCCUUCUACCACAACACGAAGAAACCUGGAAUAACUUCACUGCACUUCAGACCUGACAAAAAAGCACUUCAUCAGAGCAACUUCAUUGACUGGACCACCUAAUAAUAUGGGCAAAGGCAAAUUAUUUAUCUUGGCAGUUUGGAUAUACCUACAGAGCGUUUGCACCGGUUUCUCAUUCACGGAUGAGGACUUUAUUUUCGGUAACAGCACCACAAAUGACACAGCAUGGUUGACAGACUUCUCAGACAUCGAGUCCAAGUUUGCCCUGCGGACGGCUGAGGACCCCGAUGAUGACCUGUGCUACAUAGAGCCUGGCCAGCCAGACAGCAUCAUAGCCUGUGAAUUCAACGUCACUGCCAAGACAUUCGUCAUCAUACAUGGAUGGACGGUCACUGGCAUGUACGAGAGUUGGGUCCCCAAGCUGGUGACUGCCCUGUAUGAGCGCGAGCCCACGGCAAAUGUCAUUGUGGUGGACUGGCUUCACCGAGCUCAGCAACACUACCCGACCUCCGCCGCAUACACCAAACUAGUUGGACGAGAUGUGGCCAAGUUUGUCAUCUGGUUACUGGACGUCAUGGAUUAUCCCUGGGAGAAGCUCCAUCUUCUUGGCUACAGCCUUGGUGCACACGUGGCAGGGAUCGCUGGACUGCUGACCAAAAGCAAAGUGCACAGAAUCACAGGUCUGGACCCCGCCGGACCCACCUUCGAGUACGCCGACACCCAGAGCUCCCUCUCCCCGGACGACGCCAUCUUCGUGGACGUGCUGCACACCAACACGCGGGGCUCGCCCGACCGCAGCAUCGGCAUCCAGAGGCCCGUGGGCCACGUCGACAUCUACCCCAACGGAGGCACCUUCCAGCCCGGCUGCGACCUGCAGAAAACCAUGAGGAUGAUCGUGUCCUCUGGCUUAGCAAACAUGGACCAGAUUGUCAAGUGUUCUCACGAGCGCUCCAUCCACCUGUUCAUCGACUCGCUGGUGAAUGCGCAUGACCACCAGAUCGUGGCCUACCGCUGCAACAGCAAGGAGUCCUUCGACAAGGGCGUCUGCCUCAGCUGCCGCAAGAACCGCUGCAACAAGCUCGGCUACGAGGUCAACCGGGUGCGCUCCCGCCGCAGCGCCAAGAUGUACCUGAAGACCAGGGAGAUGAUGCCAUACAAAGUGUUUCAUUACCAAGUGAAGAUGCACUUCUUCAGCAAGGAUGAUCUGAGUUUCACCGAGCAGCCCCUCAGAAUCUCCCUCUACGGCACCCAUGAUGAGAAAGAAGACCUCAAAUAUAUCUUGCCAGAUCUGAAGACAAAUACCACAGUGUCCUUCCUCCUCACCACUGAUGUGGACAUUGGAGAGCUGCUGAUGGUGAAGAUGGCGUGGGACAAGGACUCAUACUUCGGCUGGAACGACUGGUUUAGCAGUAGCCAAUUUCACAUCCGCAAGCUGCGAAUCAAAGCUGGGGAGACACAAGCCAGAGUGAUCUUCAAAUCAAAAGAGGGCGAGUUUUCCUAUCUCUCCAGAGGAGGGGAGCCUGCGACAUUUGUCAAGUCAUUAGAGGAACAACAGAGUCGCAAACAAGAAAGACUUCAUAAGCGGAAGAUGCACGGAAGCGCCUUCGAACAGGAUACUGAAUAAGAUGAACUUGAAAGACCUUCAAAGGACCUUGAAGACACACUUUUGGGGCGGAGUGAAGUAUGGACUUGUGCCUCUCUGUUACCUUGUUCUCGAUCCUAAGUGAAGUUCGUAUUAGUUAUCCAUUUCCACAUUCUCCUCAGAUUCCACUGCUGCUUCCGUACUGUCAGACACCAUUUUCUUUCUCUGCCUCAACUACUUGAAGUGCUGUUUACACAGGUUUCAGAAAAUAACUCAAUAUUUGUUGCUAGUUUAUGAACAAUGCAGAAUGUAAUUACAUGUGAAUUGUACGUAUAGAGUAUGCCUGACAUUGUAGUGGUUGAAAGCAUGAGCGAGACCUUUUUUUAUUCCCUUUUUGCCUGUGGGGUUUAUGUGUGAAAUGAGUCUUAAGUAUUCCUUCAGAUGAAGAAAUUUCGAUUCAGCAUUCCCUCCAAAUUGGUGCCUGUUCACCAUUGUAAAUAACAAUCAGAAACAGAGACCGUGCUAAAUUAGCUUUGCUCCAGUUUAGAAAGUGAUGUGGGUUAUACCUGUAAAAAAAUGGCUGUACUGUGUACGGUUAAGGUAUGUCUAGUGUUAUUGGAUGGUUGUUUGGCCUAGUUUAGUGCAAAAACUACUGGCUUAAAUAUGUUUCUGACUGGAAGGAUUAGUGUCCCAAGGGGUGUUUAGGUGUAGACUCUGUUACUGUGGUAAGCCCAACUAAUGAUGGAUGUUUGUGUGAAUGCAAAUGGUUGAUAGCAGUGAGUAGCUGUGAGAAAUUCUGUUGUAUAUACCGGUAGGGGAGGGGACAGGAUUCAGUAGCAUUUGGUGUCCUGUUCACGCGCACUUAUAAUAAGCACUGACCCGCUGGGAAAAUGCAAUGCUAAGAGCAGACCCUUGUAUUACUGAGUCGGUCCUUUAAUCUUUGGUCACUUACGUAGUUCAUUCUUUUUUUUGCUGUAUCCUGCACAUCAUGUCUGCAGCUUUCUUGUAAAGAUGGCACAUUCAUACUACCUGAUAUUUGUCUUAUGACUUGUUCAAUCAACUAAGCAUUUGCGAAGAAAAGGUUUUCUUAGUUAUUCACGUAGUUACUCACCUUGUAUUUAACUGCAGUCACACCAUCAGAGAUGAGAUAUGGACGUGUUACUUUUUUUUUUAACCUUUUCGUUAUUGGUCAUAAAAAGCAAAUGGUGAGAAGUGUUUAAAUUUGCUUUGUUACAUAUUACAGAUGAAAUUUCUUGCAACUUUUUUAUACUAGCAUUUUAGCAUGUAUGCAGUUUGUUUAAAUAUGUGAUCAAUCAUGCUGUGCCUUAUCUUCUUCAUCAUCAUUCAUUCAUUUUUCAUCAUUUCAUUAAUUCAUUCACUGUUACCAAAGCAUAGGGACCAAAGAUUGUCAUUAAUAUCAAAUGGAGGAUUGGGCUGACUUUUGUAGAUAAGUGUUUUUGUUUUCUUCUCAGUGGCUACGGUUACAUGACGUUUUUAAUUCCGAAUUAAUAAUUCAGAAUUAAAUAGUUUGGUGGAGUUUACUUUUAUCUUUCAUUUAAUUCCGAAUUGUGAAGUGUUAACAUGACGUUUUCAAAGCGGAAUUAAUCUUUAGUCCGAAUUAAAGUCAGUUAAUUCGGAAUUAAAUGUCUCAUGUAAACGUAGUGAGUGUGGGUAUUCUGUACAUUGUGACCUGUAGUCACCUUUCGGGAUCAGAUCCCUGUUGAAUGAAAUGACCCCCAUAACUUCACGUCUAUCCAACUACUGUUUUAUGCUCCAUUCCUUUUUUGGGAGGAUAUGUACAAUCAUUGCCUUUUUAAAAAUGUUGUCAAAUACAUUGUAAAAACUUUGUCAAAAGUUUCUGUUGCAUUUUUUAAAAUGACAGCACAACACGAUAGCCAUACAUACACUAACAAUGUUUCGUAUUUUAUUUAUUGAAUGUAUAUAUUUGUAUAUGAAGUCUAAUAUAUUAUGCCACUGUUCAAUUGUGUGUUUUUUUUUUAUUAUUCCUUCAGAAUAACAUACUUCCUGUAUCGUGUAUUUUGAUUAAGUUGGCUUCAGUGAGCGAAUCGCUAUGAGCUGUGCCUGUUCACCGUUAAGAACAAAACAAACAGCUUGUAUAUUUCAUAUGUAAUAAACUGAAUAUAAUGUAAGUUAA